GAUUAAAUUUCCAUAAACACUCAUAGAACCCGCGAAUGAUAACUAGAGCGAAAGAUUGGUCACUACACAAACAUUCAAACAGUCAAUUUCUUGAAAUCUUUCGACUAUGUCUUACCGCAAAAUCACCGGAGAAUUCAAAUGAUUUUCUUGGAGUGAUUGCACCUGAAAUUUUGACAUCAAGCGGCAAGAAGGGAACUUCUUUGACAUUGUUCUUGGGUAGGUUUUCGCUUCCUUUUCUGGUUAGUAGGGAAAGCAGUAGCACCAAUUGCAUAGUAGACAUAAGAAUCAAAUGAUUUUCUUGGAGAGGUCGAAUUCAAAUGAUUUUCUGGAACUAUGGUUUUCUUGGAGACAUUGUCUUUGGUAGGUUCUUGGAGGGUUUUAACAAGAAGAAAGCUUCUUUCACAUUCGAAUGAUUUUCUUGGAGAGAUUGUUCUUGGAGAGUUUUAACAUCAAGCGGCAAGAAGAAACUUCUUUGACAUUGUUCUUGGGUUGGUUUUCGCUUCCUUUUCUGGUUAGUAGGGAAAGUAGAAGCACCAAAUUGUAUAUUAGACAUAAUAAUCAAAUGAUUUUCUUGGAAAGGUCGAAUUCAAAUGAUUUUCUGGAACUAUGGUUUUCUUGGAGACAUUGUUCUUUGGUAGGUUCUUGGAGGGUUUUAACAUCAAGCCGCAAGAAGAAAACUUCUUUGACAUUCGAAUGAUGUUCUUGGAGAGUUUUAACAUCAAGCGGCAAGAAGAAACUUUUUUGACAUUGUUCUUGAGUGUUUGCUGAACCAAAAUGGCGUUAUCACUUAUCACAUUGGAGGAUAGCACAGUUCUUGGACACUCGUUGUGAAGAUGCUCAAGAACAACUUGGACAGUUGAAAGAGGCAAACCAAGAUACCUAAUAGGAAAGAUGCCUUGAGUGAAUCCAGUUAAGGCUAGCAGUUGUUCUUUGUUCUACUGGGGUGGGGGCAAAGGAAGAAAAGGCAGUUACGGCAUGGCGUUCCUGCUAUUUAAAGGCCCUUCUUCCCCGGAUAUGGUCAAUCUGGAGAAGACAUGGAUUUCAAUAGUUCAUUCAUGGAACUCCCAAAAUCCUCGUCAGUACUAUCUUCGGAAAUGCAAAGACCGAUUCAUUUGGAUAGCUCCAUGCCAAGUGACAAGAAAAUUCAGCAGGAUGAAGAUGAAAGAGACCCAAGUUUUAUGCAAUUGCUAAAAGAAAACCUCUUCUCUUUCUGGAAGCGACAAAAGGAAGAAAUUCUACGUUCAGAUCCAAAGAGAAAACACGACCUGCCCAUCUCAAGGAUCAGAUGGGCUAUGAAGUCAAAUGAUCAAGUAAAGAUGGUUAGCGCAUAUUCUACGGUUCUGUUUUUGAAAGCAAUUGAGAUGUUUAUUAUGGAGCUCACCCUUCGUGCGUGGAUGCAAGCUGAUCAAGGCAAAUGUCGAACUCUGAAGCGUUAUGACUUUGCUAGGGCCAUAGGGAUGAAGAGCUUUUCGAUUUCCUCUCUGACAUCGUUCCACUCCAGACCUAUCAGCUACAAUGCCAAUUUCAGGUGCAAAAGGAGGAAAAUGAUGGCCAAGGAAAUGACUAUAACUAAGCUUAUCAGGUGGUUUAAUCUAAUAACAUUUCAUGCCAAUAUCAGGUUCAAGAGGCAAAUGAUGGCCAAGGAAAUGAAUCUCACCCAGCUUAUCAAGUGCUUCAACCGAAUAACAUUCCAGUGGAAGAGGCAAAUGAUGUCCAAGGAAAUAAAUUUGACUUGGCUAAUCGAAUGGUUCAGCCUCAUAACAUUCCAGUGCAGGACAAGGCAAAUGAUGGCCAAGGAAAUGAAGUUCACCAAGCUUAUCAAAUGGUUCAAUCAAAUAAGACUCCAGCUUCUUUCAGUGAACCUGAGUUCAACAUUGAUGAAUUUUUAAUGGAAGAGGCAAAUGAUGUGCAAGGAAAUAAAUUUCACCUGGCUAAUCAAAUGGUUUAGCCUCAUAACAUCUCGCUGCUGUACCAAUUUCAGGUGCGAGGGGAGGAAAAUGAUGGCCAAGGCAAUGAACUUGACCCAGCUUAUAAUGUUCAGCCUAGUAACAUUCCGCUACAAUGCCAAUUUCAGGUGCAGGCGGAGGCAAAAGAUGGCCAAGGAAAUGAAUUUCACCCAACUUAUCAAAUGGGUAGAAGAGGAGGCAAAUGGUGGCCAAGGAAAUGAAUUUCACCCGGCUGGUCAAAUGGUUCAGCCUAAUAACAUUCCAUAUUGGUCAAGCAUACUCUCUCUCGUGAUCCAAGAUGAAAAACAGAGAGAAAUUCAUGCUACUCCUUCUUAAGCAGGAGAAUCAUCAUCCUUUCUUGUUGGUAAUAGAGGAGGUAGGAGAUUUGAUGACUAUAAGAAUCAGCAAGGCAAUCCCAUCAAGGAAAACAGCUUGACAUGUAAUUACUGCAAGAAAAGAUGACACACUAUUGAUCAAUGCUAUAAGAUUCAUGGAUUCCCUUCCGAUUUCAAGUUCACUAAAACCAAAAGGUACCAGAAAGGAACUAUGGUCAACAAUGUUUUUAAUACUGUAGAGACAAAUCAGUAGACAUUAGACAAUUCUACUGAUAUGUAUCUCUCAAUCAAGAGAUGUUGCACAACUUAUGCAACUUUUGCAAAAGAUGAACCAGAAGUCUACAGGAACUGGUGAUGCAUCUGCAAAAAUCACUUGUGCAGGGCCCUUCACUGAAAAGCCCUCUGGUGCUUGGUAAAGAACAAGGUGGUCUAUAUGUCUUCAAGUCAAGUCAACCAACAGUCCCUGAAAAUAGUCUGUCCAAUUUCAAUCCAGAAAAUCAACCAGUAGAUUUCACAAAGAGUCUAUCAAAUUCUAGCACUAGUAGUUUACAUUUUUCAAAUUCAGUAGCAAGUGUCUUUAGUUUACUAUUCUAGUUUCUUUGAUUCAAAUGUAAAAGAAAAAUUAUGGCAUUAUAGGUUGGGUCACAUGCCAUUCAGUAAUAUGAAAAAAAUUGUUCCA